AUGGUAGAAUCCAAACCUUAUAGAGCACCUUGUACUGCUGGGUCCAAGAUGUCCAAGUAUGAUGGAGACCUCCUCUCUGAUCCAGCUAAAUAUCGACAUAUUGUGGGUGUACUUCAAUAUGCUACUCUCACAAGACCAGAUAUAGCCUACUCUGUUAACCAACUAUGCCAACAUAUGCAUGCUCCUACAUCCACUUAUCUCAUAGUUGCCAAAAGGGUGUUAAGAUAUCUCAAAGGCACCCUCAACUUAGGUCUAUAUUACUGCAAGGGUCCGAUUACUCUCACUGCAUUUUGUGAUGUAGAUUGGGCAGGAAAUCCAGAUGAUCGAAAUUCAACUAUUGGCUAUGGAGUUUUUCUAGGCUCUAAUCUAAUCUCCUGGUCUGCCAAGAAGCAACACAUUGUGUCCAGGUCAAGUACAGAAGUAGAGUACAAGUCACUCUCUCUUACAAUUACAAAACUUUUUUGGCUGCGCAUGCUUCUCAAGGAAUUGCAUAUUUCUCUACCUUCACCUCCAAUCAUCUGGUGUGAUAAUUCAAGUGCUCUUGUUCUAGCUUAA